AUGGCAUCCCUGUCGGAAUCCCAAUUCGGCGCCGGUGGAAAAAUAGUAACCAACCGCCGGAAGAAGCGGCUCGCUGCCACACCCUACGACCGUCCACAGCCGCCGCCUCCAGUAGUCAGAAGCCCUAAUUGGUUUUCUCGCGUAAUUAUCCCCUCUGCCCGUGCAGUUGCUUCCGGUGCGGGGAAAAUCAUUUCUUCCGUGCUAUAUUCUGAUAAUUCUUCUUCUUCUGAAGAUGAUGGGUCUGAUUCUGAAGAUGAUGUUGAGAAUGACAAUGAUUACAAUGUCCCUUCUGAUGGCAUUAAUGAAUUGACCAAGGGGAUGACGUUGGAAGUGAUACAAUCUAGACAGGGAUCUCAUUCUAGAGUGAGGAAGAGUGAUACCAAACAUAUAAUUGAACAACUAAUUAUGCAGGAGAUGUUUUCAAGGGAAGAGUGUAAUAGGUUGAUAAAAAUUAUCAACUCUCGAGUGCUGGAUUAUUCCACGACAGAAGCUGGGGAGACAAGUCUACUCACCAUGUCAGCUGGGGAAACAGUUGGCAAUGAAAAUGUUGAUCUCUACAAUAGAACUGUUAUGGAAGCAAAAACGUGGUUUGAAGAUAAGAAAACGAGCCCAUUGUCAGACUUGGCUUAUGGGACCUGUGAUUUCAACUCCAUAGUGCCUCGAAAUAUAGGAAGUGAAGUUGGUUCUCCUGUGGAUAUGGCCAAAUCCUACAUGAAGGUCCGUCCACCUUGGACCUCUCCUGCAAAACAAAUUGAAGUAAGAACCCCAUCAACGAUGAUGAUGGAGCCUUUCAGGGAAGGAACACAAUUUUCAGUUGGCAAUGACUCUUUGUCUUCGUUGAAGAAACGGAAUUCUCUUACCUCUGGAUCAUGGAAUAUCCAGGAAGAAUUAAGAAGAGUGCGUUCAAAGGCAACAGACGAUAUGCUACGCUCUCUAUCCUCUAAAAUUGAUCUGUCACUUGCACCUAAAAGUAGUCUGGAGUACUUGGGAACUGAUAUACCAGCAGCUAGUAUGUUGGAGAAAAAGAUUGAGCUGAAUUCUUCGACAUUAACCAAAUCAAUAGAUGCACCUCCAAACCCGGAUGCAGGGGUGAGAUCUAAUCCUGGCCUAUCAGCUUUGGAUUUGAGGCAAGAUGGUGAGGUAAAUGACAUGUUGCCAUCCAGGCCAACUACUUAUGUAACUGGAAACAAUGGGGAUUCAGAAGCUAUUUUGAAUGAUGAUGAAUGCACUGCCUCCAAGAGGACUGCUUCCGGUAAUGAUGUGGGGCAUCAUGAUGAUCCACAUGCAAGUGAUGUAAAAGGUUCUAUGACAAAUGGAGAGGCUGAAUUUAACAGAAUACAAAGUUCAGAUGGUUAUCCAUCAGCAGAAACCAGUUUGUCUGCACAAGUCGGUGCAGGAGAAAACGAUGAGCCAUCUGAUGAUGGAAACCAUAAUAACACCAUAAGCCAGAAGAAUCCUGUGGAAGAUAAAUGCGAGCUUCUCAGUGAAACGUAUAUUGAAGUUCCAGUUUUAACUGAUUUAAAUACAGUUUCAACUGGCUCUCAGAAUAUUUUUAACAUGCAACAUGAAGAAUUUUUACCAGAAUUGACACAGCCAGCAAAGAAACAUGAGUUGGCAGAGAAGGCCGAUGGUUUGGCUAGGAAGCCCCAAGUAAGAAAAUCAGUCAAUCGGAGGGGCAGAGGAAGAGGAUUUCCAUGGCAUACGUUGAAACUGAAUUGGAGGUACAAAUAUUUAACGAGGUACUCGAAUAAUUGCAAAAUGUAG